GUGAAUAAACCCCACAGGUUUACUGGCUGAUUUUUUUUGUCACAAAAUCAAAGAAGAAGACUGAAAACUGAAAGGCCCCAAAUCUGUCUCACCGACUUGUUGGAUUCGUUGGAAAUUCGCAUAGCCAAUGGAAACCAGCCUAACCUCUUCCUCCUUCUCCUCUUUCGCUCCCAUCGGGUUUUUCUCGUCGCCUUCUUCUUCCAGAAAACCGCUCUCAUCAUCAUCUUUCAUUUCCUUCCCUCCUCUUCUUGCCUCCAAAAGUAACGAAAAUGGAGCCGAUCCGGAACCUGAUUCCAAUAAAAUCAACAGCGUUCCAGUUCCUAGUGAUCGCAACCACUCCCUCUCCCCACUCUCUCAGGAUGCAGCAAUGGGAUUAGUGCUGAAUGCUGCGGCAGGAAGAGGGUGGACAACAGGCUCUGGAUUGGAAGGCCCCUCUGUUCCUGCUGAGGAGGUUAAUACCAACUCAACCACACAGAAUGUUUCCACAUUCCCAUGGUCUCUUUUCACCAAAUCUCCUCGCCGCAGAAUGCUUGUAGCUUUCACCUGUAACAUAUGUGGACAGCGGACUACACGGGCUAUCAACCCCCAUGCAUACACCGAUGGCACGGUUUUUGUGCAGUGUUGUGGCUGUACUGCAUUUCAUAAGCUUGUGGAUAAUUUGAACCUCUUUCAGGAGAUGAACUGCUACGUAAACCCAAGUUUUAAUUACAGAAGUAAUGGACAGGAUACCAGUGUCAAAUAUACAGAGAUGGAAGGCGAUGAUGAAAUAUUUCCUACCCAAUAAGAUAGAUGGAUGACAGAGCAUGUAUAUAUCACAGCAACCGUAGCGUUGUACAAAGCAGAAAUUUUUUCUCAGGUUUUAUGUAUUUUUAAACAAGGCUUCACAGUAGGAAAUAGUUUUAUAUAUUUGAUAUUCGAUUGUCUAGACAAUCUAGUGCUCAGUAGAUAAUAAGUAAUGUUUGGAGAUGUCUCUUGAUAAGUAAAUUUGACAUGUGCCCAUUAGAAUUGUUGUACAACAUGGUUUUAGCAAUGUGCAAGACAAUACAAAGCUUGGAUACAGCAUGUAGCAGUUGUCUCUUUGUUUAUAAAAUGUCUCUGCUUUAAUUUUUAGAGGAGUAA